AGGGAGGAGAGAGGCAAGCGGAAAUCGCGGGGCCGUUAACAAGGAUUUAGAUGCAUAGUGCGCACGCCACGGAGAAAUGGGAACUCGCCGGGUCAAUUAGCUGCGUCGCAUAGCCACAUGAACAGAAGACAGAUAGACGGACCGGGGGCUCGCAGAGGCCCUGGGUGAAGCGGAAAACGGAACAGCGCACGACAAGAGUGCAGCUUUCAGGACCCCAGAGAAAGGAGACUGACCGCCUCGCGCCAGGAUGCAGGGUCUGAGCUCACGAGCCCACGCUUUCUCGGUGGAAGCGUUGGUCGGUAAAACGAUAAAGAGGAUGAAGAGGGAGAACGGGAAGGACUCGAGCUCACCGGGAGACACAGAGACGGAGACAAGCUCUGUUCGACAGGAGACAUACGAGCACGAUUACCCAAACGACCAGAGGAGGAAGGCUGGUAACACGCCAAGAAGGCUGGGAGAGUGCGACUCUGAGCCGGGGAGAGAAGAAAGGACAAGGACGGGAGAAAGUGACUCUAACCCGGGUAGAGAGGAGAGUGAGGUCCGGGUGGAGCUCCAGGGGUCGGAUCUGUGGACCAGGUUCCAUGAGAUCGGGACAGAGAUGAUUAUUACCAAAGCCGGCAGGAGGAUGUUCCCGUCCUUGCGCGUAAAGGUGCGUAACUUGGACCCGUGCCAGCAGUACUACAUCGCCAUGGACGUUUUGCCCGUCGACUCCAAACGAUACAGGUAUGUGUACCACAGCUCUCAGUGGAUGGUGGCAGGAAAUACGGACCACUCCUGCAUCGCGCCGCGCUUGUACAUGCACCCGGACUCCCCGUGCGUGGGCGAGACGUGGAUGCGUCAGGUGAUCAGCUUCGAUCGGGUCAAACUGACCAAUAACGAGAUGGAGGACAAGGGACACAUCAUUCUACAGUCAAUGCAUAAGUACAAGCCUCGCGUCCAUGUGAUCCGCCACAACCCCCGGCUGGACCUAUCAAAAAUCCCCUCGCUGCCCACUGAGGGUAUGGCCAGCUUCUCCUUCCCAGAGACAGAGUUCACCACCGUGACAGCCUAUCAGAACCAACAGAUCACCAAAUUGAAGAUUGACAGGAACCCAUUCGCUAAGGGCUUCAGAGACCCAGGACGGAACAGGGGCGUGUUGGACGGCCUCAUGGAGUCCUAUCCCUGGAGUCUGGAGUUCAAACCAUUUACUCUACAGCUACAAGGAGGUAGCUGUGGGUCUCCAAGCAACUGCACUUCUCCUCUGAAGAGCCUUGUCCCUCUCUCCUGUCCUCUGACCUCUCACCCCUUCACCCUCUCCUCCUUCUCCUGCCCCGACACCAGCCUGCACUCCUUUUGUCUUCCCCUCUGCUGCAAGACCUCCCCCUUCUCCCCCAUUUCCCCCCUGCCGGCCAGACCCUGCCCUUCCCCCCGACGCUACUCCCCCCUGCCACCCCUCCUCUCGGCCCUGCCGGGGAAGAAGGCUCCAGGCUUCAGUGCUCUAUGUCUUCAGGGGGGCAUUCCCGGACAUCCUCCCAGCCUGCAGCCACACCCCCUACAGGCCCCUCCCUCUCACAGCUCCCCGCGGGGACCCGGCCCUCACUACCCUCACCGCUCCCACCCAGACCCAGCUCCCCCGUACUGUCUGUACCGCUCCAGUCUACCCAGAAACGCUCACCUCGCUGCUUUCUCAUGCCACGCCAAACUGGCUGACAGCACCACAGACUGUCUGCUAUGCCAGACACCCUGGAACACCACCAUCAACCACUGCCUCUGACCUCUAACCCUUCCUUACCCUUACCCUAACCUAGCAAUAACAAGUAGCCCUUAUCCUGGAAACCAUAGCGCCAGGGAGAUGUAUCAGACCAUCAUCUACUAGAGCUGUAUCAGACCAUCAUCUACUAGAGCUGUAUCAGACCAUCAUCUACUAGAGCUGUAUCAGACCAUCAUCAUCUACUAGAGCUGUAUCAGACCAUCAUCUGCUAGAGCUGUAUCAGACCAUCAUCUACUAGAGCUGUAUCAGACCAUCAUCUGCUAGAGCUGUAUCAGACCAUCAUCUACUAGAGCUGUAUCAGACCAUCAUCAUCUACUAGAGCUGUAUCAGACCAGCAUCAUCUACAAGAGCUGUAUCAGACCUCCAUCUACUAGAGCUGUAUCAUACCAUCAUCUACUAGAACUGUAUCAGACCAUCAUCUACUAGAGCUGUAUCAGACCACCGUUAUCUACUAGAGCUGUAUCAGACCACCAUCAUCUACUAGAGCUGUAUCAGACCAUCAUCCACUAGAGAUGUAUCAGAUCAUCAUCUACUAGAACUGUAUCAGACCAUCAUCAUCUACUAGAGCCGUAUCAGGCCACCAUCAUCUACUAGAGCUGUAUCAGACCAUCAUCAUCUACUAGAGGUGUAUCAGACCAUCAUCUACCAGAGCUGUAUCAGACCAUCAUCUACUAGAGAUGUAUCAGACCAUCAUCUACUAGAGCCGUAUCAGACCAUCAUCUACUAGAGCUGUAUCAGACCACCGUCAUCUGCUAGAGUUGUAUCAGACCACCAUCAUCUACUAGAGCUGUAUCAGACCAUCAUCUACUAGAGCUGUAUCAGACCAUCAUCUACUAGAGGUGUAUCAGACCAUUAUCAUCUACUAAAGCUGUGUCAGACCACCAUCAUCUACUAGAGCUGUAUCAGACCAUAAUCUACUAGAGCGGUAUUAGACCACCAUCAUCUACUAAAGCUGUGUUAGACCACCAUCAUCUACUAGAGCUGUAUCAGACCAUCAUCUACUAGAGCUGUAUCAGACCAUCAUCAUCUACUAGAGCUGUAUCAGACCAUCAUCUACUAGAGCUGUAUCAGACCACCAUCAUCUACUAGAGCUGUAUCAGACCAUCAUCUACUAGAGCUGUAUCAAACCACCAUCAUCUACUAAAGCUGUAUCAGACCAUCAUCUACUAGAGCUGUAUCUGACCACCAUCUACUAGAGCUGUAUCAGACCAUCAUCAUAUACUAGAGCUGUAUCAGACCACUGUUAUCUACUGUUUUAUAUUUUCUCUCUUUUUCUACCCUGACCCUGACCCUAACCCUGACCCUAACACUGACCCUGACCCUAACCCCAACCUUAUCACUGACCCUAACUCUAACCCUAACCCUUCUACUUUACCUCUGACUGAUUUUUUUCAGCUGCAAUCCAAAUGUUGUUUUCUACAAGCAAGCAUUCAGGUUCCCUCUGAGCUGUGUAUAAAUGUACUCUGUGUGUGUGUGUGUGUGUGUGUGUGUGUGUGUGUGUGUGUGUGUGUGUGUGUGUGUGUGUGUGUGUGUGUGUGUGUGUGUGUGUGUGUGUGUGUGUGUGUGUGUGUGUGUGUGUGUGUGUAUAUCUCAGACCUAACAAACACCAAAUUAUAUAAGUGUGAUUAUUAUGCCACUUCAUAAAAUACUUUAAAAAUA